GUACAAAAAUAAAAUCGUUCUCUCCAUCUCUGACUGCGGAAGAUGAUAACGAUGAUGAGGAAUCAGGUUCAGAGUAGCGGAGUUUGGCGGAGAAGCCAAAUAUUCCGAUUUUGCGAGUGGCUUAUCCCAUUUAAGGAUUUCAAAUAUGGAAGAUCGCCGGCGGACUAUGUCAAUCCACAACGCCUUGCAACAGCAACCCAUUCCCUGCCAAUUCUCACCCGCUUCUUCUCUACUAUCACUGAGCCGCGGCCUCAGUUAUCGCCUGACCUAAUCAAAAUUAUGGAGCAGCGGUUGUCUUCUAUUGAAAACAGGACGUCAUAUCUUCAGAGAGUUCUGAACCAGGCAAUCCCAUGUCUUGAUUCGUUUCUCUAUCCAUGUCCUUGUAUUUUCAUCGAGCUGCUUGUGAGCAUGUCUCCUUGUAAUACCAUUCUUUUUCUUGUAUGUUAAACCUUUCAAUAUGUGGGUUGAUUAAAGACAGCCGGAAUUGUCUCCUCAUGAGUACUCUGUAGCUAAUAAGGAACUCAGGAAACUCAGGGAUGUAAUGCAGCUUAUAACUGAACUCAGGGCUAUACAGAAGGAAAUGGCAGAACUGCAACUAGUAAUUUCUGAAUGCCGAGAUGAUAAAGAGAUGCAGAAAAUGGCUUUUGAAGAAUUGUGCCAGGCCACAGAAGGAGAGAAAAGGCUGCAGCAUCUUCUUCUGAAAUCACUAUUACCAAAAGAUGACGCCGAUGAGAGAAACUGCAUUCUGGAAGUGAGAGCAGGAACUGGAGGUGAAGAGGCUUCUUUGUUUGCGAUGGACAUAUUCAAAAUGUAUGAAAAAUACUCAAUGAUGAAAGGUUGGAAGUUUGAGGUUUUAGAUGUUGCUGAAUCGGAUCUCAAAGGAUACAAGGAAGCCAGUGCAGCUGUUUCUGGACCUAGUGUGUAUGGAAAACUAAAAUUUGAGAGUGGUAUUCAUAGAGUUCAGAGAGUUCCUGCUACUGAGAAAUUGGGACGUGUCCACACAAGUGCUGUGUCUGUUGCAAUACUCCCUCAGGCCGAUCAGGUAGAUGUUCAGUUGAGAAAUGAAGAUCUGAAGAUUGACACAUACAGAGCCGGUGGUGCAGGAGGUCAGCAUGUAAAUACUACUAACAGUGCUGUUAGGAUCACUCACAUUCCUUCGGGGUUGACUGUUUCCAUACAGGAUGAACGAUCCCAACAUAUGAAUAAGACCAAAGCUCUUAGAGUGUUGUGUGCAAAGCUCUUUGAAUUGGAAAGAUGUAGGAUUCAGUCUAGUAGAUCAAAACUCCGCUCGGAGCAGAUUGGAAGCGGGGACAGAUCAGAACGCAUUCGAACUUAUAACUUUCCUCAAGGAAGGGUUACGGAUCACAGAGUUGGGAUUACGAGUCAUUCAAUAGAUGAAGUGUUGCAGGGAGAUGGCCUGGACUGUUUUAUUGAUGCUCUUCUUUUGCAGCAGGAAAUGGAUGCAGUAGCAUCUUUCAGUUCCUCGCUUGCAUAAUACCUGUAGCUAAGUCCCCGCCCCCCCUCCCUCUUUUAUUUAUUUAUUAAUUAUUACAUUUGUUAUGAACACGAGUUUGACUUCUCCCCACUUUUUUAUUGGAGUAAUAAAUAUAAAAGGAAUGUUUUAAUGAAUUACGGAGUAUUUA